GUGGAGUUUGGCCAAAUGUGGACGGAAGUACGUCAGAGGAGGUGGAGACAGACCCUGAGGUGUGGGGAAGCCUGCUCAUGUCUGACGGUGGUCCAGGCAGUUACUAGUUCAGAGUCUCACGGGCCAGCUACUCUUGGUGUGGAGGGAAUUGAGAAGCAGGAACGACGGGUCAACAGUCAGACUGGAAAGGGAGUUCCGGCUUCCUCUCGACCAGCCGCAAAGCCCCUCCUGGGUGUCCCGAGUGGCACAUUGUUCUCCUCCGGAACCGUGGCGUUUGAUUCUCUGGUCUAUUUAACAAGGUCUUCUCUUGUACAAGAUUGUGACUUGGAGUUUCUUAUUUCUUUGAAUAAAAAGCCAGAAGAGUGGAAAGGGAUGAGCUCAGUGAAACUCUGCUCUGUAAAGCUGAAUGAUGGGUUCUUCAUGCCCAUGCUGGGAUUUGGCACCUCUGCUCCUAAUAAGGUUGCUAAGAGUGAGGUGGAAGAGGCUGUCAUGAGAGCAAUCGAUGUAGGCUACCGCCAUUUUGACUCCGCUUACUUGUAUCUAAAUGAAGAAGAGAUUGGGAGGGCCAUCCGGAAGAAGAUCACUGAUGGCUCUGUGAAGAGAGAGGACAUAUUCUACACUUCAAAGGUGUGGGGAACCUUUUUACGUCCAGAAUUGGUUCGAACCAGCUUGGAAAUAUCGCUGAGUAAACUUCAGUUGAGCUAUGUGGAUCUUUAUCUUAUACAUAUCCCAAUACCUUUGAAGCCUGGGGAAGAGCUCUUCCCAAAGGACGAACACGGAGAACUCAUUUUCGACACAGUGGAUCUCUGUGCCACGUGGGAGGCCAUGGAGAAGUGUAAGGAUUCAGGGCUGGCCAAGUCCAUCGGGGUGUCCAACUUCAACCGCAAGCAGCUGGAGAGGAUCCUAGACAAGCCCGGCCUCAAGUACAAGCCCGUGUGCAACCAGGUGGAGUGUCACCCUUACCUCAACCAGAGCAAACUGCUGGAGUUCUGCAAGUCCCAGGACAUCGUCUUGACUGCGUACGCGGCCUUGGGGUCCAACUCAGGGAAGGAAUGGCUGAGCAAGAACAACCCAGUUCUCCUGGAGGAUCCAGUGCUCAGUGCCAUUGCUGCAAGGCACAGGCGAACCCCAGCCCAGGUGGCCCUGCGCUACCAGCUGCAGCGGGGGGUGGUGGCCCUGGCCAAGAGCUUCAAUGAGGAGAGAAUUCGGGAGAACUUCCAGGUUCUGGAUUUCCAGUUGACACCAGAGGACAUGGAAAGUCUAGACAGUCUAAACAGGAACAUUCGCUAUUUUGUAGAUCCUUUAUUUAGCCGUCAUCCGGAUUUCCCAUUUUCUGAUGAGUGUUAACAGCAAUGUCUGUGCUCCCUCCAGAGUUCUUUGAUUUUGUUCGAUGAUUGGCCAACACCAGGCACUUGGUUUAUCCCCUGUUGCUGCCUCGUCAACCACAGUGUGACUCCGCAGGUUAGGAAAUGAAAGUCUCUAAACCCAGUCUUUUCCCUCCAAAGUAAAUGAAAAUACGUUUCAAACAACCUAACCUAUCAAUGCCCUGACUUUUUAGUCUGUUUUGCUGUUUCCUGUGUCACUGAGGUUAAAAUGCUGAUAUGCACUGAAGUGAUCACAAGGAAAAUAUAAAGCCCUAAAAAAAAAAAAACAAAAAACUAACCAUUUAGUUAUUUCCAAAGUCUAGCUUUUUACUUGUUCAUAAGAAUUUUUUUCUCUUUGGCUCUGAGAAUUUACUACACUUAUACAAUUUUAUCAGACCUUUAAAGGGAUCUAAAACUCAAUUCAUAGGUAACAUAAAAACUGUCAUAGUUCCACAAAAAAAUUAGUCAUAAUGCCACAAACAAGGAAAGUGUCAAGCUGAAUGAAAAAGGACGACCGAGAUCUGAAAAUUAUCUGAUAAAGAUUUUAAAGCCACCAUUAUAAACACUGUUCCAACGAGCAAUGACAAACACACUUGGAACUAGUGGAAAGAUAGAAAGUUUCAAUAAAGAAACAGAAGAUAUAAAGAAUUACAAAAUGGAAAUUUUAGAGCUGAAAAUUACAAGAAUCAAAACAAGAAACUCAAAGGAUAAACAGAGGGGGCGCCUGGGUGGUCCAGUUGGUUGAGUGUCCAACUCUUCCAUUUCAGCUCAGGUCAUGAUCUCACGGUUUGUGGGCUCAAGCCCUGAGUCAGGCUCUUCGCCGACAGUGGGAAGCCUGCUUGGAAUUCUCUCUCCCUCCCUCAAAAAUAAUUAAAUCAACUUUAAGAAAAAGACAUUGAGGGACAGAGGAAAUAAUUAACGUACUGGAAGAUAAAACAAUAUAAAUAACCCAACAGGAACAAGAGAGAGAAAGUCAGCUGGAAAAAACAAAACAAAACAACAGCCUUGUGGACCUUGAAGAAGAAAAAAGUUCUAACAUAGUGUCUUUGGAGUAGAAGGAAUUUGGAGAUGUUGGUAAAAGAUACGACUUUUAAGUUAUGAGGACCUGAUGUUCGGCAUGGUAAUUACAGUUAAUGAUAUUGGACUGUAUAAUUGAUAUUUGCUUAAAGACUAGAUCGUGAGUGCUUUCACCAAAAAAAAAAAAAAAGGUGACCAGGGGCGCCUGGGUGGCUCAGUCGGUUGAAUGUCCGACUUCAGCUCAGGUCAUGAGCUCGUGGUCUGAGUUCAAGCUCCGUGUCGGGCUCUGUGCUGACAGAGCCUGGAGCCUGCUUCCGAUUCUGUGUUUCCCUCUCUCUCUCUCUCUGUCUCUCUCUCUGCCCCUUCCCUGCUCAUGCUCUGUCUCUCUCUCUCUCUCUCUGUCAAAAAUAAACAUUAAAAAAAAAAGUUAAAAAAAAAAAAAAGUGACCAUCGGAGGUGAUGGGUGUAUUAACUAACCUGAUCAUGGGAGUCAUUUCAUAAUGUCUAUGCUUAUCAAAUCAUCAUGUUAUGCACUUUAAAUACAUACAGCUUAUUUGUCAAUUAUACCUUUGUUAAAUGGAGGGGGGCGGGAGAAGUGGGGGCAGAAACAGAAGAGGGAGGGGAAUAGCUAUAAAAGGGAACAUGAGGACCCUCGUGGUGAUGGGCACGUCCUUUCCUGAUUGUGGCAAAGGGUUCGCGAAACACACACGUGAAAAAAAUCAGAGACGCGAAUCAGUACACAUCUGGGGAGGUCCGGAUAAGACCAGCGGAUUGUGUCAAGGUCCGAACCCUGGCUGUGAUGCGGUGCUAUGGGUUUUCGGGAUGGUAACGUUGGGGGAAACUGAGUAAAGAGUACCUGGAAUGUUCUGUAUUAUUUCUUACAACUUCAUGUGAAUCUACAAUGAUCUCAGAAUAAAACGUUUGCUUUACAAAAUAAGAAACCGGAAAAUUGAUUCCAGAUCCACACCUUCCCUCUCCUUCUGGAUUCUUUUCCAAUCCCUGGUCAAAAGAAC